ACCUCACACAAACACAACACCAUCUCUCGUCGCCAUGUCUUUGUUAGAAAGGCAUCUCGAGCAAAUAGUACUCUCAGCAGAAUCCAUUGCAACACUUCCGUUCCCAACACCCAAGAUAUUUACCAAUGCUCUCCUCUCCACCCCGGACAUCACAUCCCUAAUACGAGAUACCGAACCUCACGAACGCGCUCUCUUCUCCGUGCCUCCCCCACCAACACACAGCACAGCCAGCACACCCUACCCAGACCCCGCACCGUCCUCGCGCCGACAAACCGUCUUCAACGUCGCGCAAGGAGAAGUAACAUCAGGCACAGCGAUCGGCUCUCGCGCCCCACGCAAAAAUACAGCUGUAGCAGCAGUCCUCGGCGCAGAGCUCCACAGCGAAGUGCGGAAAACAGAAGGGAAGGGCGAAAUCGAUAUCGAGGUUCUACUGCGGGGUGCGGAGAAGUUAAAUAAUGUAUACAGCGUACCUGGUGUUCCCGACCGGAUACAGGGGCUGAGGAAGAGAUAUGUGCAGAUACUUGGAGGUCUAGAAUUCUAUGAGGAGAAGGUGCGGAGACAGACGAGGGAUCUGGAGAAGAUAAAUAGGGGUGGUACACCUGGAGGUGAGGAUGAUGAGGAGUUUGAGGAUGAGGAUAUGGAGGGACAGGAGGGGUUUGGUGGGAGUGAGGAAGAGAUUGAGGUUACGGAGGAGGAUUUGAGAGCUGAAGAGGAGGAAAUAAGGGAACUUGAACGGAAGAAGGAGGAGCUGGAGGCGAGGGUUAAGGGCAUGGAGAAAGAUCUGGGUGGCUUGUUGAGAUGAUGAUGCCUAGUGUUACGUCGCCAUGAGUUCGGAGCAUUGUAGUUGUCCGACAAUAUCUGCGAACUUCGGCACAAUGAAUUGAUCUUUGGUGGUAGGAGUUUGAUACCCAAGGGUGGACAUAAUGAAGUAUGAUUGGAAUUCCCGUUCCUUCAAUUAUUUGGCUUUAAUUUGUCCUUCGCUUUCCAACUUUUCAGAACUUUUGCUACCGUACUGCUUGGAUGCUUGGGACUCAAACGCAGCUGGAAACAUGACAAGCAGCAGAGAUACCCACUUACUUUGGCAUCAACACGUACGCUUUGCCGGAUUUGUCUGAGCAGCCCACUGUGUGGUAGCAGGGGAGGUGUUGACGCCGGGGCGUUCUCAACCACAUCUGGCCCUGAUCCGAAAUACACGUGUCUAGUUGUUUGUGUCCUAUGUUUAUCGGAUGCCUGCUCGUUGGUUGUGUCCAUGUCUAGCUUGCGAGCAUCCCUAUAUUCGAGCUCUGCUUCGUGUUUUUUCUGCCGUUCUUGCAUUUGAUGUGUCUUCGUGCAAGUCGAAAUUAAUUUUGCACCAAUAAUGUGGAGGUUUUUCUUCGCUUUGACUAGAUGUUUUCCCCAAGAUACUGG